AUGCACCAACACUUGCGCUUCUGGCGCAAGAGGCCACCGCUCAGCCCGACGCAGCCGCCCUCUGCGUUGGGGAGAAAGGCGAGCGCCUCGGACGCUACUGUUGACCCAGUGCAGCUGUCCGCCUCCGCCUCGCUCCGCGGCCUGCUGCAAGAGCACGCGGAGGCGCUGUCAGAGCUUCGUAAAGCACAUGUCGAGGCGGGCGGAUCGAUCGACGAGCUGAUUGACAUCUUCCUCCUCCGCUUUCUGCUCCAAGCAAAGGGAGACCUUGGGCGUGCGAGACAUCGUGUGACCGAAUCGACCCGGUGGCGCGCGCGGGAUGGGCUUGCUGGCUGUCGCCGUAAGGUGCUUGCGGGAGCUACGCUGAUGGAGCUGAAUCCAGCCGUGCCCGUACUUCUCACCUCCCUCAGCACUCUGGUCCUGCACCGGACGUCUUACAGCGGCGGGCCCAUCGAUCUGCUGACGCACGACUCGUUCGAUCCGGAGUACAUAAUGCGCCGCUUGACGCCCGAUGAGUACCGUGCAGCCAAUGCGGCAGUGAAUGAGUUCAAGACGGUGCUCGCCGACAAGGCGUCGCUCUCGAGGGAUAGCUUGGUCGGGUACUCAUUCAUACUUGACUUUCGCGGCCUCCGAUUGGCCAUGAUCAACAUGCGCUUUCUGACGAGCUACUUCCACAAGUACGUCUCGCUCGACGAGCACUUCCCGAAGUACAUCGGCUCGGUCACAUGCGCAUUUGCCCCCGCAAUCUUCGGCAUAGGCUAUCGCGUCGUCAAGCAGUGGCUGUCCAACGAGUUGCAGCAGCAAAUACAGAUCGAGGGCCCAGCGAGCUCUGCUGCUGCUAUCUCCGCUGUCGCGCCGCCGUCGAGUCUUCCUACAGUCUUUGGUGGCUCUCUGGACUCCAUGCCCGAUGACGUCAUCAAGCUGGUCGGUUGGACCGCGGCCCUCCGCGACGAGCGCGCCAGUUUCGACGCGGGGUCGAGGCUGGGGGGGUACGUGCCAGCGGGGCAUGCCAACGGGGCAGGGACGACGGAGCAACGCCAACGGAGAGGCGGGCAUUCGCAGAAGAAGAAGCGCGGGUCGAAGGCGGCUGCCUCCGCAGCGUGA